UUUGUAGCUAUAUACGCGUGUAUAUACGUUUCGAUCGGCGAGUUUGUACACAUCGGCGGUAUAAACACAAGCAAAACACACACUCGUCUCUCGGUACGUUGAAUCACGGUGUGACAGAAGCUGUCGUGCGCGCGAGCGAAGGAUUGCUCCCGUAGAUUUGAAAAUUUUCACGGACGUCGUUGAGCGCGGAUCUCGUUUUUACAAUCACAUCCAAUUGCGACAAUUGAAUAACUAUAUCUCGAUAUGGAAGGCGAAGUGAAUCAAUCGAUGGACGAGCAGCAGUCGGCUGGUGGUGCCAACAAGCCCAAGCGCGGCGGUCAGCGCUACUCGGCCGCCGUCAAGGAGUCGGCCUUCGACAUGUCCGCCAACGGCAAGAGCGCCGUGGAGAUCGGCAAGAUUCUCAACAUUCACGCCUCGACGAUUCGCACCUGGCUGAAGAACGCCGGCAACGUCUCGGGUGCCGCUGCUUCACCCAAGCCGCCGGCCAAGUCAAAGUCGAAGAAGCAGGCCGCAGCAGCAGAGGCCGAGGACAAGGAGACCGGAGAGCUAGAGGAGGGCGAGCUGCCGGCCGACGACAGCCCGAAGCCUCAGGCGAAGAAGCGAAAGACCAUGGAGGACGCGCCCGAGAAGAGCCGCAAGAGAUCGAAAAAGGCCGAAUUGCCGGAAUCCGACGAGGAAGAGGAGAUGGACGAGGAAGCUAUGGAGGCGGAAAUGAACGAGAGAGAGGAAGGAGAAGUGGUGGAUUCCGGGGAGGAAGAACUCGGAGAGGAGGACGAGGAAGAGCUGGAGGAGGAGGAAGAAGAAGAAGAAGAGGAGGAAGAGGAAGAGGAGUCACUGGGUGAAGAAGAUAGCGAGGAACUGGAGGAGGAUUCCGAGGACGACGAAUCCUUCGUCGAGCCCGAGGAGGGCGAGGUAGUCGAGCGCAAACGACCCAAAGCCGGCGCCAAAAACAAGUCGAAAGCCAAGCAGCCGAUCAGCCGCGAGGACGACAACUCCAAGGACUCGGCUGCCAGCGCCAAUCUCAACAACAACAACAACAACAACAACGUCGUCGACGACGGCUCGACUCCGAGCCUCCAGGAGGCCAUCAAGGGCGGCCAGGCCCUCAUGAAGUUCCUCGAGGCCGGCGGCCAUCCCAACGCGACGCAGCACCAGAUCAAUCAGCUGAAAACUAUGCUCGAUCGCUUCACCGAGUCGUGAAAGUUUUAUAUAUUUUCGUUUUUAUUUACAAAUAAUGAUCAAUGAUAAAUCCGUUGAAUAUUUUUGUCAAGUUCACACACGACUACGAGGUCUCUCUGACCCUGCGAUUAUGUAUAUAUAUAAGUGGCAUUUAGUAUUGUUGAUUAUUUUAGCAAAAAAAAAAAAAAAAAAUAGGGGGCUCUUUGUAUCGUCGUGUACUUACGCGGUAAGCCUCGAAUUGUUUUAUAUAUUUUCUAAAUUUUCGUAUAGUUCAAUAAAAUAAUUCAACUUUUACAAUAAAA